CGCCGCUGCCCCAGCUCAAAGAUGCCACCUUUAAUGAACAGCAAGAUCUUUUUUGUCAGAAGUUGCAACAGUGUUGUGUACUCUUUGACUUCAUGGACUCUGUUUCAGACCUGAAAAGCAAAGAAAUUAAGAGAGCAACACUGAAUGAACUGGUUGAGUAUGUUUCAACAAAUCGUGGAGUGAUUGUUGAAUCAGCUUAUGCUGACAUAGUGAAAAUGAUUAGUUCUAAUAUUUUCAGAACACUUCCACCUAGUGAUAAUCCAGAUUUUGAUCCAGAAGAAGACGAACCAACUCUUGAAGCCUCAUGGCCCCACAUACAGCUGGUGUAUGAAUUUUUCCUGAGGUUUCUGGAGAGCCCGGAUUUUCAGCCUAGCAUUGCUAAGCGAUACAUUGACCAGAAGUUUGUACAGCAGCUGUUGGAGCUCUUUGAUAGUGAAGACCCACGAGAACGUGAUUUCCUAAAGACAGUUCUUCAUCGAAUUUAUGGAAAAUUCCUCGGUUUAAGAGCAUUCAUCAGGAAACAGAUUAACAACAUUUUCCUCAGGUUUAUAUACGAAACAGAGCACUUCAAUGGUGUUGCUGAACUUCUUGAGAUAUUAGGAAGUAUUAUCAAUGGUUUUGCACUGCCACUGAAAGCGGAACACAAACAGUUCCUUAUGAAAGUUCUGAUUCCCAUGCAUACUGCAAAGGGAUUAGCUUUGUUUCAUGCACAGCUCGCCUAUUGUGUUGUACAGUUCCUGGAAAAGGAUACAACCUUAACGGAGCCCGUAAUCAGAGGACUGCUCAAAUUCUGGCCAAAAACUUGCAGUCAGAAAGAGGUAAUGUUUUUAGGUGAAAUUGAGGAAAUCUUAGAUGUAAUAGAACCGACGCAAUUCAAAAAAGUAGAAGAGCCUUUAUUUAAGCAAAUAUCCAAGUGCGUGUCCAGUUCACAUUUUCAGGUUGCAGAAAGAGCUCUGUACUUCUGGAAUAACGAAUAUAUUCUUAGCCUGAUCGAGGAGAACAUUGAUAAGAUUCUACCGAUUAUGUUUGGCAGCCUAUACAAGAUCUCCAAAGAACACUGGAAUCCAACGAUCGUGGCGCUGGUGUACAACGUGCUGAAAACACUGAUGGAGAUGAACGGGAAGCUUUUCGACGAACUUACCAGCUCGUACAAGGCGGAAAGGCAAAGAGAGAAGAAGAAGGAGCUGGAACGUGAGGAGCUGUGGAGGAAGUUGGAGGAGCUGCAGCUGAAGAAGGCGAUGGCGGAGAAGCAGCACAGCACCCACAGCGUGCUGAACGCGCACAACGCAAGUGCCAAAUGA